UAAUGGGCUAACUGCUACGUACUCUGCUGAACGCCGGCAAGUUGGCCUCAUUCUGAAUGUCUCACAAAACCACAAUCGACAAGCUGCUUGCGGUUUGUUGGGAGGAUAUACCAGAAUAUUGAUACGGCUCUACUUUGAUUUUCAUGUGAAACUGGAACGGUGCUCUAGAGGGCUCCACUUCAUCAUUGAACACAUCCAUGCCUAGCCUGAUCAUGGAGAGAGGACGGCAAAAACUGCAAAAUGUCCUGGAGGAUGGUCUAAGCAGAGAUUUGAUAAAUGCCGGCCGGUUUUGCUUCAGCUGUGAGCAAAUAUUUUCAGAUCGGAGAUGCCUGGAGGAACACGUUUGUUCUGCUGCAAGUUACAUCUGCUCCUGUGGAACUGAGUUUACCCAGUACAAAGACAUGCUAGAGCACAGCACAACGCAUGAACCAGGGCACCAAGUGCUUGAUCAUGAAACAAUAAGGAAGCGUAGAAUUGAGAAGCGCAUAGAAGAGGAGGAGAAGCUGAAAAGAUUACAGACAGGUGAGGUUGUCUGGAAGACACCUAAUUUGAACAAUGUGCCAUCAGUUUCCUUGCCAGUGAAGCCUAAGCUGCAAGUACCCUUAACGUCAGCUUGUAUGCCAGUUCCCAUGCAGUCUGCACAGAUUUCACAAGUGCCUGAGUUGUACCCCUCAUUGUCACAAGCAUCUAUCCCCCCAAAUCCUGUCACCUCUACAACAGACAUGCAGAAUAUUUUUGCAGGUGUAGGUUCACCAACAGUGGAUCUUUGGACACUUUACCAGCCAGUUGUGUUGUUGCAAACGGUGCGUAAGUUUAACAAGAAGAAGCCAUACACUUGUGGUAAAUGUGGGCUUUGUUUUUUUACAAAGACUUCUCUAAUCUCCCACCACAGCUUUCAUGUCACAGAUAAAGUUUCUGGCUGUAUAGGAUGUGGGCUGCUGCUCUCCAGCAAGAAGGUAGUGCCUCGCUUCCAUGUUUGUAACUCACCCAAUACUGCUACCAAAUUCAGACUCAUUACAGCGAGACCGGUGAGUUUCAAGAGUGUAAAUGAAAUCGGUACAGACAGGAGUCACAACCCGCGGGCUCAGGGGCCUCAGGCCACUUCCAUACAGUUGAAAAGACAGAAUCUCAGUGUAGCCAGUAAAGGCAUUCGGAUACCUUGCGUCACUUCCACCCUGCAGUUGAAAAAUCAGAAUAUCAGAACAUACAAUAAAAGCAAUCAGGGGCGUCAUGUCACUCCAUCCCUGCAGUCAAAGAGUCGGAAUCCCAGUGCAUCCAAGCCUUUUACGAAUGUCUCCCUUCCAUCAAAGAGUCAGAGUCCAAAUGCAAGUGCAUCCACUAAAAGCAGUCGGGAGAUUCCUGUCACUCCCUCUGUGCAGUUGAAGACGCCCACAAACUCUGCAUCAGACGUGUUGAGCGAACCUAUGCAGAUGUCCUCUGCACCAAAUGCGUUCACAUGUCGAGUCUGUCAUAUUCCUUUCGAAACUGCUCAGCUGCUUCAGAGACACAAGUGCAUCAAAGCACAGGAGUUUAUGGCACAGCACAUGCGAGGUGGCAGACAACAUUACAAACUAAAGAGGGUUACACCGGCGGCAAGCCCAGUUCAGGUGAAUGGUGAGAAAAAACUUGAGGUCCCAGCUGCUGGUAACACCAAAAAAAACCAAGUUGUGGCUGUCAGUCUGGACAGAGGGCAAGGUGUGGUUCCUGUGAAUGGGAAAACAGGAGUGGAUAUGGAUGAUGAUUGUUACAUUGUUGAAAGUGGACCAGACAAACCUGCUGAGAUGAUUUACCAAGUAACUUCAUCUGUUCCAAUUAAGACUUGACAAAACUAGAGAGCCGCAUCCAGUUUACUUGUGAUGUUUUUAUUUUAAUUAUGGACCAAGUGCUUAAAGAUUGCAGUCUCCCGGCUGAACAGCAUCCACUGGUUUAGUUUCAUCACACAGGAACACAAUGCUCCAAACUAUUUUAAAAGACACAUAAGUUUAGGAUGUAUAGUGACAACAAACAUGCAUCUUAAUUAAGCUGGAUUUCUCUCAUCAGUGCAGUAAACAGUUUCAUAUUGACUAUAGACAUAAGAGUCUUAAGUUGGUGCCCUGCAAUGGUUAUAGAAAAUGUAAAUCAAUAAUGUUCAUUAUCAAAAUGUAUGUGCAUGGUUUACCCAUGUUUAAUGGGAUAACCUGGUACUGCAUUAAAUUUUUGUUAUGUUUGUUUUUAAAACACGUUUUAUUAUGAUCAGAAUGUGUUGUGAGGCCGUGGGAACUGAUUACAAUACCUUGUGUGUUCUUAGCAGUUUUGGCACACUUCAAGAAUACAGUAUAUGUUGUAUUAAACUAUAUUUUCAAACUCACUGA